AUGGCAGCCAAUUUGGUCAUCCCGACGGCCAUAAGGGCGCUGCGAGCCGUGGUGAAGAAGGGUAUCGCCGUCGUUCGAGAUAGGCUCCCGCAGGCCGGGCACGAUUUAGCCUCCAUCGAACCGGCCCUCGCCCGGAACACCCAACGGCUCCAGCAACCCGCCGCUCGAAUCCGACAGCAACAACAGCAAUCCCGUUCUUCGAACGGUUACCAAACUUUCUCUAGAAACUUCACAACCUACCGUCAUCCGAACGGUGGACCUGCUCCCAAGACUCCAGUUCGUACUGCCGUCUCAAAAAUCAACAAGUCUACUCCGUUCGCUUCCACGCUUCGACCGAAGUUAUGCGGCGCUUUGCCCCGCUCCAUGAACGGCUACUCCCUCGGUGGCAACGCUAGAUACUUCUCGCAUUCCACCGCUCCAGCUCAAGUAGUCCAACAAGUCUCCGCCGCGAUGCGAGCUUUCAUCCUCUCCGGCAGCGACGUCUCCUACAACUCCUCCAAGCGUCGAAAUAACACAUCAACCUACGCACGCGGACAGAUCAAAAUGCACCUGGCAGCUUUAAACACCGACCGCCUCGCCCCAGGAGCUUACAUCGACUUCCACAUCGUCCCAAAGUUCACUUGUAUGUCGGAAUCCGAUCCUGUCGGGUACACCUGUCUCGACAACUCUCGCGGCGGGUUCAUGGACGAACUAGACGUCGAGUUCAACAACGCCAUCAGCGAUAUCUCUAGGGUCUACCGUGACCUUCGAAAACUCUCGACUCUUGGCGAACUUCCCGUUACUUUAGUCCCACCUGCCACCCUUCGCGUACACUUCAGAGGUUGUGACGCACAGUUGGUAACCGCUUUAUGUGACGAAGUUGGCGUCGAAACGGGGGUCAUCCAUGAAGACGAACGGUUCGCAUACGAUCGCUUGAUCCCCAGAGAUCAUCAUGUAGACUCCGUGAACUGGCGUGAGAUGUUAUCUUCAUCGGAUGAUGAGGACGAAACCGAUUGGGAACGGUACAGUGCCAUCCCGUCGCACGAGAUCAAUAACCCGAUCUAUGACGCCAUGUCACUUUCCGACCAACAGGGCAACCAUGGUCCUCACUGGGAAGAUGACGGGGAAGAGUUUUAUGAUGAGAUUGACCCGGGAGGGGUCAGUAGUGAUGACGGGUUGUUUAGUAAAGAGGAGUAUAUGAUCGAGAGUGGGGGGUUCGUGAAUCCGUGGGUUAUGCCGACUGCUAAUCAAGUAGGUGCCUUUUAA